CACACAUUUUGCCCAACAGAUUUAAUAAAAGUAUUUCUAUAGAAAGGUUCAUAUUUUGGUGACUUAAAUAAUGCCAAAUGAGUCAACUGAACCAGCAACUUGUUAGGAUGAUGCAUAAUUCAUGCCCCUAAAGUAGGUUGUACCAUUUGUGCCAGUAAAAAAACAGCAACAUUUCUCAGUAGAAUACAUGCUAGCAUAUGACUUUUAGUGUGACGCAUGCAAUGCUUUAAUUAUAUGUAAUAAGCGUCCAUUUAACGAGUGAGCAUUCAGCCCAUCCGCGAUCAAGCAUCACCAGCAUCAGCGCGUGCGUGCAGGGCGUGCAGACUCGUACUCGUGACACAAGGAGAGGGGAAAACAAGCCAGAAUAUCGCUUUUAAGAACGUUUGUUCGGGGAAAUGUCCCCAGCAUGACCUUUCCAAUGUCUACUGGUAUGAAGUGCGACUGAAUUUUGAAUUGAACUUCUGAAUAAACAUGACGCACUACGUUAAACAACAUUGUUUUGAUUCUGGGGCGUGACGUCAUCUACCAGUACACGAAAAUGGUUCCCCUUAGUUUUGAUUCGGAAAACAAACUGCUGGCAACUUUAAAUGUGGUUAUUUAACCACGUGACGGGUUGAACGCGGACGCACGGGAACUUCAAGACAUGGAAGCGUGCGCGGACAGGGGACGCAAACUGCGUUCCAUCUGUCGGAGGAUGUAUGACGAGAACGAAGAUUUCUCUGAUGUGGAGGAAAUUGUAAAUGUCAGAGGUUUCAGCUUGGAAGAGAAACUUGAGAGUCAGUCUUACAAUCACAGCUUUGUACAACGCAUGGAUGGAAAAGAUUUCACUUACGAGUAUGUUCAACAAGAAGCUCUCCGAACACCAUUACUUUUUGAAGUCAAAGACGGACUAGGCAUUAGAAUGCCCGACCCAGACUUCAGUGUCAGCGAGAUCAAAGCUUUAGUGGGCAGCCGUCGUGCUCUGGACGUGAUGGACGUGAGCACGCAGAAGGGGACGGAGAUGAGCAUGGCCCAGUUCGUACGCUACUACGAGACCCCCGAGGAGGAGCGGGACAAGCUCUUCAACGUCAUCAGCCUGGAGUUCAGCCACACCAAGCUGGAGAGCCUGAUCAAGAGACCCACAGUGGUGGACCUUGUGGACUGGGUGGACAACGUGUGGCCUCCUCACCUGAAGAAACAGCAGACGGAGUCCACCAACAUCAUCACAGAGAUGAAGUACCCCAAAGUGCAGAAGUACUGCCUGAUGAGUGUCAAGGGCUGCUUCACAGAUUUCCACAUUGACUUUGGAGGGACUUCAGUCUGGUACCAUGUCUUCAAAGGAGGCAAGAUCUUCUGGCUAGUGCCCCCUACUGCCCACAACCUGGCGCUCUAUGAGGACUGGCUGCUGUCGGGCAAGCAGAGCGACGAGUUCCUGGGGGACCGAGCGGACGGCUGCCAGCGGGUGGAGCUCAAGCAGGGGUACACCUUCAUCAUCCCCUCAGGUUGGAUCCAUGCCGUGUACACGCCCGAGGACACCCUGGUGUUUGGCGGGAACAUUCUGCACAGCUUCAACAUUCCAAUGCAGCUGAGCAUCCAUGAGAUCGAGAACAGGACCAGGGUUCGUUCCAAGUUCCGCUACCCGUUCUUUUACGAGAUGUGCUGGUACGUGCUAGAGCGCUACGUCCACUGCCUCACCCAACGCACCCACUUGACUCCGCACCUCUGUCAAGAUACAACACAGACAGAGACCGAUUCCAAGACCAGCCCAGCUUCCGAGGGCAAGUUGGACGCGUUGGACGAGGACUCGUGUGAUUCCAAAACCAAGAGCGCCGGUCUACCCAGAGAAGACAACCCCUGUUCCCCUCAAGACGCUCCGACACCCACCUCAGCGGCUCCCCUCAGUAGCGACCCCAUCACCACCACCACCACCACCACCAUCCACAUGGACGAGAACUCCUCCUCCACGUUUCCCAAAAGCCCUUGCGGCGGCGGCGGUUCCCCGAGGUCAGAGGUCACGACGGGCCGGUGGACGUACCUGACAGACUUUGAGUUGGAGGGUCUCCAGGCGCUGGUGGAGAAGCUGGAGGGGCUCCCUGAUAACAAGCGCUGCGUGCCCAGCAACAUCCAGGACCCCACCGCCCUGCUGCAACACAUGAAGGCUGUCUUGAAAGACCAUGCGGCAGAUGACCCCAAGCUGGCCAUCACUGGUGUCCCUAUUGUGGGCUGGCCCAAAACGACUGUCAAGCGCUCAGCCAACAACCGGCCGGCCAAAGUCGCCAAGGCGACGGGCGGCUCUCCCUCGGCCGUGGGCGGCGGUGGUGGCAAGGUGUCCGGGGGGCGUGUGUCAUCGUCGGGCUCGCGACGGCGGCGGACGCGAUGCAGGAAGUGCGAGGCGUGCACGCGGACGGAGUGCGGCGAGUGCCACUUCUGCAAGGACAUGAAGAAGUUUGGCGGGCCGGGACGCAUGAAGCAGUCCUGCAUCAUGAGACAGUGCAUCGCGCCGGUGCUUCCCCACACGGCGGUGUGUGGUGUGUGUGGUGAGGCGGGGAAGGAGGAGCAGGCGGAGGAGGAGGAGGACAAGUUCAAGCUCACCCUGAUGGAGUGCUCCAUCUGCAACGAGAUCACACACCCCAACUGCCUCAAGGUGAAGGACUCCAGUGGCACCGUGAACGACGAGCUCCCCAAUUGCUGGGAGUGUCCCAAGUGCAACCACGCCGGCAAGUCGGGGAAACAAAAAAGGGGGCCGGGCUUCAAGUACGCCUCCAACCUGCCGGGCUCGCUGCUCAAGGACGGUAGCAGCAGGCGGGACCCUGCUACCACCCCGGGCGGUCACCCCCUCCGGGACCCCAAAGACGAGCCGCCCAGCCCCAGCCCCACCUUCACCACCGACACCGGCUCCCCCACGGUGCCCUCCCUGGACAAGCGCAAGGCAGCGGCGGCGGCGGCGGAGGACAGAGAGGAUGUAUCUACUACGACGUCUUCAUCCGCCCGGCCCAAGGCAGGGGAGGUGCCUCUUCUGAGCAAGCGUUCCCACGGCGAGGGCCAAUCGCGGCCCAAGCUGGAGGAGAACCCACUGCGGAAGAAGAGGAAGCUGUUUGACGCGGACGCUGAGCCCAGUGCCAGGAAAAAGAAAAAAACCAUAAAAUCCGAGAACUCCACAUCCGGCAAGCUUUUAGCAUCUGUCAAAGUAGAGAAGGAAGAGGAGGAGGAUGAGUAUGGGCGCUCGGAGGAGCGUGAAGAGGAAGAGGAGGAUGGGGAUGACGAGAGGGAGGAAGAACAAGAGGACGAGGAGGAGGAGGAGAGGAGUGAGAAGAAAGUGGAGAAGAAGAAGGGCCCUCCUACCAGUUUGCUGUCCAGGAAGAGCAAACAGGAGCGCAACAAAGCGCAGUACAGGUCUUCGAAGGCGGGGCCUAGCAGCGGCGGCGACAGCCAAUCAGCCGUCGACAGGACCCAGCCCAGAUCCAAUCAGAAGGUGCGACCGCAGCAGAAGACGAGUCAAGUCAAGAGGGAGCCGAAGCAGGAAGUGCGGGUGAAGGAGGAGCCUGUGAACGGCCAGCACGGCAGCCGGCGGCCAAUCAAAACGGAGCCUCAGGAGAUCGAAGAGGACGAGGAGAACGAGGAGGAGGAGGAGGACGACGAGGAUGAAGACGACGACGAUCGAGAUCACUCAAGGGGCGGGAGGUUGAACGGAGACAGGAAGCCCCUCCUGAGUAACGGACAUGGCGGCCGCCGGCGUAACGGCAGCGACCUGGCCGACUGGCUCUACACGGGCCACGAGCGGAACGGCAACUCCAGCGCCCUCCGGAGGCCGACCCUGUCACCGCAGCAGCAGCAUAGCUGGAGCCGCAGUCCACCACCUCCGCCUUCGCCUCACGGGCGCACCCCCCACCACAUCACCCGCUCGCCCCCCAACAACACCUGCUCCUCGUCGCCUCCGCAGGAGCGUCACGUGAUACGGCCCCCGCCCAUCAGCCCCCCGCCCGACUCGCUGCUGCUGGCCAACGGGCGCCAGCACGCCAUGCGCCGCGAGCUCUGGACGGCCGUCUUCAGGCACCUGGCCCACAAGGAGCUGUGCGUCUGCAUGCGCGUCUGCAAGACCUGGAAUCGAUGGUGUUGUGACAAGCGGUUGUGGGCGCGUAUCGACCUGAGCCGCUGCAAGUCCAUCAGUCCUCUGAUGCUGAGCGGCAUCGUACGCAGGCAGCCCGCCACCCUGGACCUCAGCUGGACCAACAUCUCCAAGAAGCAGCUCAGCUGGCUCAUCAACAGGCUGCCUGGUCUGCGAGAGCUGCGUCUGGCGGGGUGUUCGUGGGCGGCGGUGGCGGCUCUCUGCACGGCCAGCUGUCCCCUGCUGCACGCGCUCCAUCUGCAGUGGGUAGAGGGACUCAGGGACGCACAGCUGGAGGACCUGCUCUCCACGCCCACAGACAACAGGCCAGGUCAGCUGGAGAGCCGCACGCGGCUGCGUAACCUGGUGGACCUGCGUCUGGCGGGGCUGGACGUGACGGACGCGUCCCUGCGCUUGCUGAUUCGGCACCUGCCCCAGCUGGCGCGGCUGGACCUCAGCUACUGCAACCACAUCACGGACCAGUCCGUCAACAUGCUCACCGCCGCCGGCACCAGCACCCGCGACUCCCUCACCGAGAUCAACCUCUCCGUGUGUAACCGGGUGACGGACCAAUCCCUGUCCUACUUCAAGCGCUGCGGGAGCAUCUGCCACAUCGACCUGCGCUACUGCAAGCAGGUGACCAAGGAGGGCUGCGAGCAGUUUGUGGCGGAGAUGUCCGUCAGCGUGCAGUUCAGCCUGGAGGAGGAGAAACUCCUGCGCAAGCUCACCUAGGAAACUAGUGACCUGUCUCCUAGGCAACAGCAAUGUCAACAGUCAGGUUACCUAGGCAACAGGGAUAUCACCAUAGCACCUACAGUGGAACUGCUGUGCAAGCUCACCUAGGAAACGGCGACCUCUGUCCUAGGCAACAGCAAUGUCAACAGUCGGGUUACCGAGGAAACAGGGAUGUCACCACAAUACCUACAGUGGAACUGCGGCGCAAGCUCAGCUGGACAAUAACAGAGAUAUGUCCCACGCAUCUGUGGCACCACCUAGGGAACAGUGAGGUCACCUUGGCAACAGGGAUGUCACCUUGGCAACAGUGAUGUCACCUUGGCAACAGGGAUGUCACCUUGGCAAUAUUGAUGUCUACUGGCCAACAGUGAUGUCUCUUAAGACACAGCAAUGUCACCUAGAUAACAGAGCUAUUUCCUACGCCACAGUGAUGUCAACUUGGCAACUGUGAUGUCACCCUAGACAACGCUGAGUAUUACCACCCAUUUAGGCAGCCCAGACCAGCAGCAUCACCUUUGGUUAGUAAGGGUCAGCCACUUCAACAUCAGUGGACCAGCAAGACCUUGGCAGUGGAGAGCAGGGGUGUGUCCGCUGGGCAGCAUCUGGCCAUUGACAUCUUCUAGGCCAGUGAUUCUCAAACUGUGGGCUGGGGCCCACUGGUGGGCCCUGAAAGUAUUCCAAGUGGGCCUUGAAAUCAUUUUCCAAAAAUCAAAGUAACAUUUUUGUGUGUGUUGCUGUUGAUUUAUUUGAGUUUUAUUGUUUAUCGGGUCAUAGGUGGGCCCCGAAAAUUUGGUAAAAUGUCAGGUGGGCCCCAAGUUGGAAAAGGUUGAGAACCCCUGUUCUAGGCUGCCUAGACCAGCAUCAUGACUUCAUCCCAGCCUUUGUAUUGGCCAGUGAGACUACCACCACCACUACCACCACCACCACCGCAAUGUCGACCGAGGGAUAUAACCAAGGUUACUGAUGUCACCAUUUCAUUGAACACCAAGAACAUCAUCACCUCCAUGUCACUGACCAGCAAACUUACUCAAGGAACGCAAAUGAGUCGGUUCACCCAGGGAAAUGUUUGCAAGUAACAAUGACGGUGGGGAAAGUGGGGGGGCACUUGUUGGCAAACUGCCACCGGUGAUGAGUGCACUUGGGAUUCUGAUUGGAGCCGUAUCCUUGGAUAUGGUCAUAUGCAGAUGGAGCUGUAUCAUUGGAUAUGGUCAUAUACAGAUGGAGCCGUAUCCUUGGAUAUGGUCAUAUGCAGAUGACCAAUGAGGAUUCUGAUUGGAGCCGUAUCCUUGGAUAUGGUCAUAUGCAGACGGCCAAUGAGGCUCCAUGGACACACUCCCCUGUCUGGUGACUCCUUAGACUGCAGUCCUCACACACUCCACACACACUGGACACCGGAGCACUGUCUAGAUGGGCAACACACACACACACACACACACACACGCACGCGCGCACACACUCACACAUGCACAGUCAGGCACAUACACUGUAGCCCUAAGUAUAAAGCUUGCAUGUCACUGGUCAGUAGCCCUAAGCAUUGUCAUGUGGCGGCAGUGUUACUGCAAGACUAUUGAUGAGGGAUGAUCUUUCACGCACACAGCAGCCUGAUCUCACAAAAUUCUGUGAAAUGUACAUGGAAGCUGUGACAAUUUCAUAGUUUUUGCCAAAAGUCUAUGUUAGGGUCACGGAAGUGUCCCACUGGGUUGAUGGGCUACCAAAUUCUUGUACUGAACUAAAGAAUGCUAGCAGUACAAGCUGUGCCCAGACCAAAACAACCCUAAGCUGUCAGUAAGAUGUGGCAAUGUGGAGAAAUCACUUCCGCGAUCCCAUCACGGAAGGCACUUCCGUUAGCCCUUCACAGAAUUUUGGCAAAAUCUAUGCAACAGCCCCAGAUUUUCUGUCACAAUGCUCUGUGUUCAUUUCACGGAAUUCUGUGAGCUCACGUUGUGUAGACAUACCUAGUACACGCACUUAGUUGCAGACAUCUGUACAUUCACAAGUAAGUGUUACACUGUAUACAUAGACAGACUAACCCUUCGUUCACACCAGCACCAUCUGCUGACAGAUCCCAUUGGCUUUUUAAUGGGGCAGACGCACCCCCAUCAAUGCACGAAUACACAACCAACCAUGCACACAUACAGUAUAUACACGAUCCCCCAAUCCUCUCAUGCCAUUUUGCUGCUCAUGCCAAAUCGUUUUUUCUUUAAAGCACAUCUCCUUAUUUUGUGUGGUUUUGCUGCAUCUCUUUAAGUUGUUUGUAUUUUAAGUUAUACUGUUGAGCGGUCAUGUGUUGCUCAACGAUGGGACACGAUGGGACACUUUUGGGUCCAUAUUUUUAUGUUUGUGAGAGACUUUUUUGUUUUGUUUUGUUUUUCAAAAGCAAUGCAAACCUCAAGUUUUCCUGCAGGUUUAUUUUUGUACAAGAACUUGUUAAUUUUAUUUCUUACAGUAUAUAUAUAAUAAUAUUGUAAAAGACACUCUCCCUGUUGUAUUGGUUACAUUCCAUUAGUGUCAUCAUUGUUUUAGUUGAUAGUUGAUUUGCGUAAGACUGCAGAUAUCCUUUUUUAUGUAGGAAGGUAAUAUAAUUUAAUUUAUAUGCAGAAUUGCCUCUUUCCACAUGGGAGAGGGCGCGGCAGAGAUACUCCAGGAGACUGUUAUUUUGUUCAUGUGGAUUUAUAUCUGAAAACAGAAAAAAGACAAGACAAUUUGCACUGUUUGACAUAAAUAAAUAGUUAUUUUUCUUAA